ACGGCGUGUUGGUUGGCACCAGGCAGAGCAGAGCUCGGUGAUCAAAAGGGAGGUAUUCUGGCUAGACAAUACUGGGAAAGGCAUGAGCAAUCAAUCGCCGGACUCUCUCCGGCCAACUGAAACCCUAGAAAUCGAGAACGGCCUAUCUCUGGUCCCACGCGUGAAGCUCCUACUCACCGUCCACCGCGCCGACCACUCCGUCAAGCCCGUCGACGAAUGGCAGCUCAAGCGCUCCCUCAUCGACUUCCUCCGGUCAUCCUUCUCCGUCAAAGCACCCGAGGAUGACAUCCAAGUCCGCAGCUUCAAGGACCUCAAGAAACGUAAGCGCGAUCUUCCCGUCGCUCACGGCGCUCUCUUCGUCCGCGACCUAGGGUUUCUGUCGAAGCGUUCGAACGCCGAAGUGAAUGAGGAUGUCAAGGAGUCGGAGAGGAAGUUUCAGGAGUGGAGGAGGUCGGUUGUUGAUAAGAUGGAUGGAAUUGAGUUGAAUCUUGAAGGUGUUAAGUUUAGGCUGACCGUUGAGCUGCCGGCGUGUGAUGAUUUUGAGGGAACGAGGAAAGAGUGGGAAGAGCUCUAUGCAUUUGGCGAUCGAGGGUAUUCAAGGUCUGCAAGGCAGCAGCCUGAUACCAUUGUGCUGAGAGGCGUUCCAUCGCGGUGGUUUGCCGAGCCUCGAGUUUCGUCCAAGCCUUCCAUGCUGGUCACUCAUACCAUUUUUUCUGCAUUUGGGAAGAUAAGGAACAUUAAUGUUGCUGAGGACAAUGAUCUGGCUAAGGAUGCAGACGACGAGAGUGGAGACAUAGUUUCAGGUCUCCACUGUAAGAUUAUUGUCCAGUUUGAGAAAUACAGGGACUUCCAUACUGCCAUGAAAGUCCUUUGCAGCCGCUCAUUGCAAAAGGAAGGGUCGCGUUUGAAGGCUGAUUAUGAAGUGAGAUGGGACAAGGAUGGCUUCUUCCGAAAUGCUAGGAGUGAGACACAAGAAAAGCGUAGCCGGAUGCCACCACUGGAUUCUGGAAAUUAUAGAAGUGAAGCUCCCAGACGCCAUGCUCACUUUUCUCGUUUCAGCCCCGACAAUGUGCGUUCAAAAAGAUUCAAGGAGUGAGAAGAGGAAUGGAGUUGUCAAAAGGAGGGGAAUUGAGCUGGAAAAGUUUUCCGGCUGAACCUUGCGUGGUAACAAUUGAGAAACUUUACUGUCGUAAAGGCCCAUUUGUUGUAGAAAAGUUGUUAUUUUAAAUAACUAAUCAAAUGUCAGAUUAUUCAAUUAAAA